CGAAGCAUAACAAUGAGUCUGUGGUGGUUUAUAAAAACAUUAGCCAUUACUGCUUUCUUUUGUUCCCUUGCCUCUUCUUAUGAUAACGAGCCUCUUCAGGACAUGUGUGUUGCUGCUAACGACUCUCAGGCUUCUGUUUUCGUGAAUGGAAAGAUUUGCAAAGACCCAAAGCUUGCAACAACAGAUGAUUUCUUUGCUUCAGGUCUUAAUGUCAGUGGAAAUGCAGUGCCCGUGUUUGGUAUUGCUGCAACUAUUGUGGAUGUAAACAGCAUGCCUGGACUUAACACUCUUGGUAUUACUGUUGCUCGUUUUGACUUGGAACUACAGAGUAUUUCUCCACUUCACAUGCACCCUCGAGCUUCUGCGCUGAUAACUGUCCUGGAGGGUACUCUCUAUGCAGGAUUUCUCGCUUCUGAUCCUACAAACUUCUUUAGAAGUCGUCUCUUCUCCGAAAUCUUGAAUCCUGGCUAUGUGUUUGUGUUCCCACAAGGUCUAAUUCACUUUCAGUAUAAUGUGGGACAAAAGAAAGCUACUUUUCUCACUUUUUUGAACAGUCAAAAUCCUGGACUUGUCAUGAUUCCUAAAUCAAUCUUUGCUUCAGAACCACCUGUUCCGGACGGUAUUCUUGCCAAAGGCUUCCAGCUUAAUAAGACACAGAUUGCAGAACUUCAAAACAAAUUUUCUUAGGCUACAUUGCAUGUCAUCAAAGAUAUGAUUCUGUGUUUUCUGGAGUUGUUUGCAGCAUGCUGCUCACAAGCGUCGUGUAAAUGCGUUGGAAUAAUACUUUACUUUGUAACUCCUAAAAAAAUGGCAAUGUCUGUAACUAUAAUCUUUCUUUGCAAUAUAUACUAAUGUAUAAGUACUAUGCCGUCCAUGCACCUUGUGUAAUCUGCGAGUGGACUUGACAUGCUUAAUGGUAUGGAGCCAACCCCUUUUUUAUA